AUGAGCCGAGUUAUCUUUGCUUUGCUUCUUUUGGUUUGUUCAGUGGAGCUCCGCAGCCAUGUCCGACUCCCUCACCCGUCAACCCGCGGCCAGGAUGCUUUGGAUCCGCUGGUCAAGGACGAGGCUCCUCUAGAUGAUGAUGAUGAGAGUUUAGAAGCACCGGAAUUGAGUCGAGAUUCCCGCGGGGCUAAAGACGGAACUUCCAGGAGACGAGAUCACAGCCACCAGCGACCUCAUGAAGACCCGAGCGGAUACUUCACCACACCUCGGGUCCACCACCGCACCACCGCCCUUCGGGGUAACAUGUCAUCAGGCCGGGGUACCGGGAUGCUUAACCCGCUGUUCCCGGUCACGGACGGUUCUUACUGGGCUUACGCGGUGAUGCUCCUGGCCCUGGUGCUCUUCUCCGUGGGCAUGGUGGGCAACCUGGCCGUCAUGUGUACGGUGUGGCAUAAUGUUUACCUGAAGACCGCUUGGAACUGCAUCCUAGCCGGACUGGCCCUUGUCGACUUCCUGGUGCUGUUCUUCUGCUUACCUGUGGUCGUCUUCCAUGAACUCACCUUCAAGAGGUUGCUAGGAGACGUUUCCUGUCGCCUCGUGCCCUACCUGGAGGUGACCUCUCUGGGUGUGGCCACCUUCAGCCUCUGCGCUUUGAGUAUUGAUCGUUUUCAUGCCGCCACCGGACCCGGACCCCUGCACACGUCGAGGAUAGAACCCUGCCGUUCCAUCCUCUCCAAGCUGUCCGUCAUCUGGCUGGGCUCCUUAGUGCUGGCUGCCCCUGAGCUGCUCUUAUGGCAGCUGCUCCAGGAGGCAGUCAGUCUGCCGAGCGCCACCGCCGCCGCCGCCCCUCAGCGGGGUCAGGUGGGUGGCUCCCUGGCGGCGGCUUUCCACGUACGAUCGGAUGCCUUAGUGGUGGAUAUGUGUGUCCGUGAGCCGUCUGAAGCGUUACCGGAGAGCGUGUACGCCCUGGUGCUGACCUACCAUCAGGCUCGCAUGUGGUGGAUGUUUGGAUGCUACAUCUGCCUGCCGUUGCUCUUCACUCUGGCCUGCGAUCUGGUCACCAAGCAGGUGUCGGCGCCCAGCCCCGUUAAGACGGCAAGCAGACGCUCAUCAUCAUCAUCGUCGUCCUGUGCUUCAUCUUCCUCCCCAACAACAACAAAGAAGAAGAAGAAGAAGCAUGUGCGUCAACAGAGGCUACGCUCCACCGUCAUGGCGCUGAUUGCUUUGUAUGUUACGUGUAAUUUACCAGAAAGCGUAUGUAACAUCAUUCUCGCUUACGUCUCGGUCCCGACCGUGGUUCUGUCAGCGCUCGGCCUUGCGGGACAGUUUUUCUUGUUUAUACGUUGCUCGGCGACGCCCGUGCUGCUGCUGUGUUUGUGUCGAUCGCUUGGCCAGGCCUUCAUGGAUUGCUGCUGCUGCUGCUGCGACGAGUGCCUCCCUGACGCCUACUCUUCCGCCUCCGCCUCCACCGCCACCACCUCCGCGCUCUCAUCACCUACGCCUCACUCGCCAUCGCCAUCGUCCCUGUCGCCUUCGGGCAAGGAUGAGACGGUGAAGGUAGAAGUAAUCUAUGAUCGGGCCAAAGACUCCUCAGCAGCCAUUGGGACGCCAUGCUGAGUUCAACCAAUGCCUUCGUUCAGGUUUCACACUCCAGACCAAUAGAGGGCGCUGUACAACCGGGCCCUAAAUCUCUUGAAGAAGGGAACAUUCAAAGUUGAAAUGGGUUUGAUGCUGCUGUGUGGAUUGUUAUGAGAUACCUCCUCCAUAAAGGACUGGGAUCAUUAGCAAUUAGCAAUUAGCAAUUAGAAGUGACAUGGAGUCCUACACUGGAAGCUUUAUUCCAAGAAGCUGUGAACAUUCACUACUCAUACUUCUGGGAACAUCACCACUAUACUCCUCAUCUCCACACG